UAGCUCACUGCAAGCUCUUCUUACACCAGACUCGCUAUCGAAUCACCCCACAAAGCUUCUCGAUCGCUGCACGUUACUCCGCCGCUGCACGCUACUCCGUCGCUGCACGCUACUCCAUCGCUACAUAUACAAACAUGGCUGACGGCGCCACCGCUUCCGCUGAGGAGGGCCAGGUCACCUUCAACGUCAAGGCCGCCAAUGACCGGAAGCACGUCCUCACGCUGCCCACCACUACCACAGUCGCCGAUCUGAAGGCCAAGCUGUCGUCAUCGGAAUACGCAGACAUCCCCGCCGAGCGCCAACGUCUGAUAUACUCCGGCCGCGUGCUGAGGGACCCGGAUACACUUGGCGGUGUCAAGGUCAAGGACGGCCACACAAUCCACUUGGUCAAGGGCGCCGCCAGCAAUGCACGACAGAACCCAGCAAACCAAGGCACAACAAGCACCUCUAGCGGUACCGGCACACCGACGCCGCAGGUACCCGCCAACAUCGCCGCAGGCACAGGGAAUAACCCUCUCGCUGGCCUGACGGGUGCGCGCUAUGCUGGCUUCCACGGCCUGCCCUCGAUGGACACGUUCGGCGCUGAUGGAGGGAUGGGCCCGCCGCCUGACCCAGAUGCUAUGCUCGAGAUGAUGGACAACCCCAUGUUCCUGUCGCAGAUGAACGAGGCCAUGAACAACCCUGCCGUCGUCGACAUGAUGAUGCAGAGCCCCAUGAUUCGCGACAACCCAAUGCUUCAGCAGAUGCUCCGCAACCCCGAGAUGCGCCGGAUGAUGUUCAGUCCCGAGAUGAUGCGCAUGCAGCUACAGAUGCAGCGUAGCAUGAACGGGACCGGCGGCAGCGGCGGCGGCGCCAUGGCGGCUCCGGGCACUACAGACAACACACCACAGCCGGGAUCAACGACGGCAGGCGGCGGUGCAAACGCAACCCCACACCAGCAGAACACUGCAGGCGCGGCGAACCCUUUUGCAGCCUUUGGCGGUGCCGGCACGGGUGCCAACGCCAACGCCAACCCAUUCGCCAGCCUUUUCGCAGGAGGCGCCAACCCGUUCGCUCCACAGACUCAAGGCCAGGGCAACACCAACACCAACACCUCUGGUGCCGACUCGGCACAGGACGCACAGAAUGCUUCUUCCGCACCACCCAAUCCCUUUGGCAACCUGUUCGGUGGAGCAGAAGGCGGUCAGCCUAACCCAAUCGCAGAUGCGGCGCGCAACAUCAUGCAAAACCCACAGGCAAUGCAGCAGAUGAUGCAGAUGAUGGGCGGCGGCGCUGGCGGUCCAGGUGCCAACCCUUUCGGUGCUUUUGGUCAGAACCCGGGCGUCGGAACUGGCGAUGCUGGCUCACAGCAGGCAAAUCCUUUUGCAGCUCUGUUUGGCCCCGGCGGUGGUUUUGGAGGCGGUUUCGGCGGGCCACCUGCGCCUGCAGACAACCGCCCACCAGAGGAGGUCUACGAAUCUCAGCUUAGGCAGCUAAACGAGAUGGGCUUCUACGAGUUCGACCGCAAUGUCUCGGCCUUGCGCAGGAGUGGAGGCAACGUCCAGGGUGCCAUCGAGUACCUACUCAACGGCGGAUCGUAGAUUGGCCCCGUCCUGGAUCGAAUGCGCCUUGAGCAACAUGAGCCCCAACCGCCACCGCAAACGCAAUCGAUACCAGAACCCGAACCGCGAUACGUGCAA